CUGCUGCUUAAGGCUUCAUAGGGACUGCCCCAGCCUCCCAGCCAUUACCCCGCCGCUUGUCCGCGCAGCUACACAUAUACACUCAUUGCACUCUGCGGGCAGAGACUGCGCGGAACUGCCGUCUGGGAAAAUACUUUUCCCUAUUUACAGAGGAAAGUAUCCUCCGUGACGCAGACGCCCUGGACCAGGCCCUGCCUUCACUGGGGGAGCCCCGGGGCAAACAGGGGUAACCCCGGCCGGAGAGUCCUCAGUCAGUGCAGCCACAGCUGCUGCUAUACACACUCCGUGCAACAACGUCAACUAGUCGCAGGCAGCAGCAGCGGCAGCCCUAGUGACGGAGACAGGGGAGAGAGCUGCCCGGGCAGAUCGCGGCUAGGCUAAUGAGGGGGCGUGCCGGGGCGGGCACCAGCGCCCCAUAUAUAAAGUAGAUAGAGGCAAGCGCAGCAUAGGAAAGCUCCAGAGACAGCGGCUGUCACACGUGGUGAUACUGUGUCCUGCCCCGGCUACAGGCAGCUGUCAGCGGACCCUGGGGAUGCGGCGUGUCUGUGGCUCACACCAGGGAAGAGUGCUGCUGUAGUGAGUGCGGGCUCGGCUGUGAGCGAUAGCGGGUGCUGGGGGUGCGCACUUUGCUGUCUCUGCUCCGUGUAGCGGAUUAGUGCAGUGCCCGGCUCGGUGUAGCUGCAGCAUCGCACCAUGGCAGACGAUGAGCAAGAAGGAGGCAGCGUCACUGGCACUGUAUGCCCGGGCUGCGAUAGCAGUAAUUACAAUGUCCUGAGCUGGGAGCAAGUGCAGCGUCUGGACGCCAUCCUCACCGAGACCAUCCCCAUCCACGGCCGCGGCAACUUCCCUACGCUGGAGAUGAAGCCCGGGCAGAUCGUGAAGGCGGUACGGUGCCGGCUGGAGGAGAGGAACAUCACCGUCCGAGAUGUCCGGCUGAACGGCUCGGCGGCCAGUCACGUCCUGCAUGAGGACAGCGGGCUGGGCUACAAGGACCUGGACCUCAUCUUCUGCGCAGACCUGCGGGGAGAGGCCGAGUUCCAGACGGUGAAAGAAGUGGUGCUGGACUGCCUGCUGGACUUCUUACCCGAAGGAGUUAACAAGGAGAAGAUAUCCCCGCUCACCCUAAAGGAAGCAUAUGUGCAGAAAAUGGUGAAGGUGUGCAAUGAUAACGACCGAUGGAGUCUGAUUUCACUAUCCAAUAACCAUGGCAAAAAUGUGGAACUUAAAUUUGUGGAUUUUUUAAGGAGGCAGUUUGAAUUCAGUGUUGAUUCCUUUCAGAUUAAACUGGAUUCUCUAUUGCUUUUUUACGAGUGCUCAGAGAACCCAAUGACUGAAACUUUCCACCCCACCAUUAUUGGUGAGAGUGUGUAUGGGGAUUUCCAAAAAGCCUUUGACCACCUUUGUCACAAGACCAUUGCCACCCGGAACCCUGAGGAGAUCCGUGGAGGUGGCCUUCUAAAGUACUGCAACCUCUUGGUAAGAGGCUUUAGGGCAGCCUCAGAAUCAGAAAUGAAGUCCCAGCAGAGGUACAUGUGUUCUAGGUUUUUCAUUGACUUUUCAGACAUUGGAGAGCAGCAAAGAAAGCUGGAGUCCUACUUGCAGAACCACUUUGUGGGUUUAGAAGAUCGCAAAUAUGACUAUCUCAUGACUCUACAUGGUGUGGUCAAUGAAAGUACAGUAUGUCUCAUGGGACAUGAAAGAAGGCAGACUCUGAGCCUUAUCACCAUGCUAGCCAUUCGAGUACUGGCUGAACAAAACAUUAUUCCCAACGUGGCUAAUGUAACUUGCUACUAUCAGCCUGCCCCAUAUGUAGCAGAUGCCAAUUUUAGCAAUUAUUAUAUUGCCCAGGUUCAACCUGUCUUUACAUGCCAGCAACAUACAUACUCCACUUGGUUACCCUGUAAUUAAGAUUGACAACGAUUUCUGUGAGUAAAGCGUUCCCUAAAUAGAAAAAUGGGAAUACCCAGUUAUAUAAUAAGGUGUGAGGUUUUUUUUUUUACAAAUGACGAUCUGCUCCUGGUUUCAAUCUUCGUGAAGCUUGUAGAUCAUAUAGAAUUCACGAGAGCAUGAUCAAAAUGAUAAGCUCCUGAUUAAUUGGGUUCAGUCCCAGAGCACAAAGCAGCCUGUCAUUUAAAGCUAACGUAACCUUCUGCAUUGCAAAGAAGGAAUGCUUAAUGUAAGUACAGGUUAGCAGUUUCUGCUCACUUGACAUUUAAAUAGGAAGAAGUUGGCUAGUCAAAUGGAUUUUUGCAAAAGGGAGUAAAUGCCUUUUACUUCUGAAUUUCCUAUAUAUGUAGCAAUGUGUGAAGGAAAAUACAUUGGAUAUUAGACUGAGAAUUUGAAUUUUAAGAAAGUUCUUGAGUCGUUUAGAAUGUAUAACCUGCCUGCUUGCAUAGAAAGCUUUCCCAGACAUGACUUACUGCUAGUAGGGGUGGUACAGUGCUGAUAAUUAUGAGGGCUCAUUCACAAGUGUUUAGUAAGUGGUUAAAAACGUAUAGAAAACAAGUGCACUAUAGUGAUGCAUUUUAUCACGUGCUGCGCUUUUACCAGUACAAUCUCUUGUACUGGUAACGUGCAUAAAAAGUAACGUGCUCUAAUACUUUACAGUGCAAUAAUGGUAAUAUCACCGUUGACUCUUGGAGUCCUACUUCAAUGCACUUUUCAUCCAUUUAUCCAUUUAUUAACAUAAGAAAAUAACAAAGCAGUGGACAAGUGAAUGAGCCCUAAAUCUUCUGAAAUAUAUAUAUAAUUAUUUUCAGAUUUUGCAUGAAUCACAUUUUACAAAUGUGACCAUGCUUAGGGUUAGUAGCAAACAUAACGCUUGUGGACCAAAGAUUUCUUGAAUACCCAAAAUGAAAGCGGAAGAUAAACAGUUGUGUACUUCUUUAUUUACUGUAUCAAAGUGCCUGUGUCCUUCAGAAAAUUAAGAUUAAGAUGUGAUUAAACCGCACAUUUUCUUUUAUCAGGGAUUCUAGAUAAAACAAAACAAAAAAUAAAUCCUGAACUUGUGAUGAGCAGAAAAUGCCAUAUUUUUAAUUGGCAAAAACUUGUAUACAGUUUAUUUGUGAAAUGUUUGCAUAUUAAAAGUGUGUGUUUCUGCAUACACAGAUUUAUUGAAAUAAGAUUUAGGUAAAUGUAGCACUUAGAUUGUUUAUAUAACGAACUGUGUUGAACAGUUUACAAUAGGAUUCAAAGUAUAAUGGCUUUGCAAAGAGUUUUGAGCUCGUACCUGGGAAUUCUGUGAAAUCAACACUUAUGGGUAACUUUUUUUUUUUUUCCUUGUUCCCCUUUUAAGAACAUAAAAUACAAAGACAAGGGAGUCUAUAAUUGUUUAUCAGAUAUUUUGAAAUCUACGCAUGUGAUAAGUUUAUUUUAGAAUUAUAAUAUAUGUGAGCACAUUGAAGUUUUAACACCAAACAUUUGAAAUCGCGAAGUCUUUUGAAAUCCAUUUACACCAAACAGAAUUUUAGUGGAUCUAAAGACUUAUGUAUGUUUUCAAUGGAUGCAUGUUGCCAUAGUAAGACCACUAGAGGUAUUUAAUGUGAAAUGAAGCUGAAUUGCACGGUUACUUUAGUUCAGUAUGUUUUGUCUUUUCCUUAAAUUUUACUAAUACAACUUAGAUAUUUUGGGUUUACAAGAUUUGUACUGUAACUUUUAUUUAAAUUACCGAUUAGAAUCCAUUUUUUGCUUUAUCCUCUUGUCAAGAGCCAUAAUUAAACCUUUAUUGUCCCCAUUUAAUAUUACUUUUACAAUUAUUUUUGAAUAUUGCAUACACCGCAGCUAUUGGUGGUUUCUUUGUAUAACAUUAUUAGUCCUCUCACUAUAGUCUAGGGGGGCAGCAGGACUUUGACAAGUCAUUGUCCCCACAGCAUGAUAAAGUAACAUCCCCUUUCUACUUUUCUGAUUUAUUAUCUUGGCCUUUGAUUGCUUUCACAGUCUGUUCCAUCCACCUGAUGUGUAGAGACAUGACUGAAAGAUUUAAUAUGUGUAUUAAUUUAUUGUUUCACAGCUUCUGGUGCUUACUUGCACAUUUUCUUACGUAUAGAACUAUGCAGACACCUCCCUAUUAGACCUUCUUUUCUCCAGAUGUGGAAUAUUUAGACAAUGUCUUCAUUAUAAAUCACUGUGGAAAUAUAGUCAAUAUGGAAGCUAGUAGACCUAAUGUUAGCAUAUUUGCAGAAGUAUUCAAGUCUGAUUAACUGAGUCUUCAUCCUAGUGACCUUUAAUUUCCAACAACACAGCAUAAAAUGCUAAUCAAAAUAUAGGUUGUUGUAUGUUACUGGAGGAGUUUAAUCUUGAUAGCCAGCAGUCUGUUAAAAUGGUAGUGCCAAAUAACAUGCCUAUUUCCAGUAGAGUAAAAUAAGUUUAUGCUGACAGCACAUAUAGUGUGUGUGUGUGUGUGUGUGUGUGUGUGUGUGUGUAUGUAUAUAUAUAUAUAUAUAUAUAUAUAUUUACACCACUGCAUUACAUUUUAUUUAAUACUAGCAGUUAAAUGGUUAAGGUUAACUUUGGCCCCCAAGGCUUCUAUUGAGGCCAGUUGCUCAGAUUGGAAUCCUGUCCUCCUUCAGUAACUUCAGAAAAUUGCUAGAUUGAGUGUCUACUUUUUUUUUUUCAUACAGUCAUAAAAGGCUGUUUUAGCAGGAAUCUGAUUUGUUUACUGUAGCACCAUUCCUGUGAAUUUAGCAGGAUCUGUUAAAGCUAUUGCACUGCCACUCUGUUUACACGGAAGUUUCUGGCCUUUUCUCUGACUGCUCCUGUCUUGUGUUUGGUCAAUGGAGAGCCUUCCUUGAUUAAUAGCAAAGAGAAAUGUAUGAUUCCCAUGUCUCAUUGCUCCAGACAGUAAAUCAGAAUUGAGAUGUGCUUGUCUAAAUCGGAACAGUAUCCAUAGAUAUAUUCACAUGGCUUAUGAGCUGAAUUGAAGGGGAUGGCUGGGGAAAUAGGAUCAGCUGGUGAUGGGGUAUGACUAUUCUUACCACAACUAUUUGCAUUGCACAAAUAAUUCAUCUUAGUUAAAGGUGUUGAAACACAGUUCUGCCACAAAUACCACCUAUUGACAAUAAGAAGCUACUUCAUAAGACAUGUUUCUGUAUAGCUUUAUUAUAGAGUAUCUCCUUGAGAUUUAAUUUUCCUGCCUUUUUUUUUUUUUUCCCCCUUAGAAAUUCAACUAGCUGCAACUAAUUUUAAACAGUCAUGUCACAGAUGUACUUUCUAUAUUCAGUUUAGUUUCAACACGCUUUAUUCAUAAUAGUCUCUGACUACAUUUUUAUGCAGUAUUCUGUACAGCCAUUUCUUGCAGUAAUUAUGGAAAUGACUCGUCUGUCAUCCAGCUUAUUGGAACUGAGAAUUUGCAGGAGAGACAAAGCUCCCUUUGAAAUACAUGACUCCUUAAACACCAGCCAUUGGACAGCUUGUAUGGUGGAUGGAUUUAUUGCUAAUCUAUGUUGAGAUAAAGCUACUAACACAAAUGUGAUGAAACAUCAGAACUCUUUCAAGCCAAACCGUUGUAUGUUGCACAAAAAUGCAUGGGGGAGGGGGGCAGUGUCAAAUUUGUACUUUUCUUAAUAUUUUUGCUUUAUACACUGAUGCUUUUCCAUUACAUACAUCUAUUUUAUUCAGAUUUUGGAAUGAUUCAUGUAAAAUGCUUUGUACAUGACUUGUAUUAUGUUGAUGACUUUGCCAAUUAAAAAAAAAAAAAUACAAUGGAGAGAAAAUUAAACAGAAAAAUAUUUUCUUUGAAUAUUUAAUUGUAAACCUAAAUGUUUCAGAGCUAAAUCUGCAAAAGCAGAAAUAUAUUUUACCUAUAUAUAACUGUGGCUUUUAUUUGCAAAAUGGGGAUAAACCGAAAUCCUGAGGUUGUGUACAGUAUAAGAUAAAAAUGCUGGAAACAAAUAUAACCAUCUUGGCUGUAGAAAAUUGACAGCAUUUCAGAAGUCUGUGCUCAUUUUGCUUUCAGCCUUCCUCUGUCUGUGCAGUGUGCCUCCUUACUGCUAAUCUGCUCCUUGCUUUGCUUUGGAUGCUAAUUUGAGUUAAAUACAGACACCCCCACAAAAAAAAAAAAAAAAAUAUCAUGCUGAUGACAUACAUUCUUGCAGAAAAGGAUUGUAAAUUUUGUUUACAGCAUCCAAUAUUUGGAUUUGUUUUGUAAAUAAAAGUUAUUUUUUUCUAUUGA